AUGGCGGCCCCUCCGCUCGCCUGCCUCUGUGAGCUCUGUGACUGCGGCCGACACAAGCGCCACAAGAACUGCCGGAAGCAGGGCCAGCCGGCAGCCGGGGUGCAGGAAGGGGCCCUGCUGUCCCAUUACCAGGCUACGUACACGUACCUGCCAGGCAUCCCCCGGUGCAGCAGCAAGAGGCUGCUGCACACCCCCCUGCACCCCAACCCCCCAGGCAAGGCCCUCAGCACCACCCAGCGAGCAGAGUUCGUACCCCCAGUGCCAGGCAAGAGGACCAAGCCCUGUGUGCAGGCGCCGGCGGUGAUAGCCCUCCAGCAGCCCCCGAGCCAGAUGCAGCACACGGCGGCCCCCUUUGCCCAACCCAGCACCACUGCGCAGGACUGCUUCGGAGGCCGACGGGGGCAGUGGCCAACUCGCUACGGGGAGCUGCCGGCACUGACAGGUGCUCACAACAUGACGACUACCCAUGGGUCCACCUACUGCCCGGUGCCCUUGGAGAGGAGGGGGGCACGGGCCCCCGCAAAGGGGGCAGAGGCUGCAGGGCAGCCGGCCCAGGUGGAGUACAUGACCUGGUACCAGAGCGACUUCCCAGCACGCGCUUCCCUGCCUGCCCGAGCCCUGCUUACCCAGCCCGCUCCGGACAACCUGGCCAUCAACCAGAGCCUCGGCACCAGCUUCCAAACAGUGCAGAGGGAAAGCUACCGUGGCUGGGACCCUGGCAGGUACCCUCGCGCCGGCCUCAUCAGGCUGAAGGAUCAGCUGGGGAGAGAGCGGGGUGGAGAAUUCAGUGGAGACACAGUGACUAAGCUGUCCUACCCACCUCUGCCACUGGACAGGCCCUCUGGGACCGUCCAGCGACCCACCACGGUGCUGAAGUCCCUCGCAGCCAAAUUCAGCCAUUCCACAGCCCACAAGUUCUUCUUCAGAGACUGGGGAGCACAGCCCCGAAUCCGGCACGGUGACCCCCACGAUGGCAUCUACGUCCGGCCGCUGGCCAAGUUCGAAUGCCAAACCACCACACACAGCACCUACCUGCCCAAGAGAGCAGAGAAAGCAAAGAGCUGCAAACCCGAGCAGCAGGCCAUGGAGGCACAGGGAGAGCAGGACUUCUCCACCACCCACAGGGACUCGUACAGGCUGCUGCCGCUCCCAGUUUGUCGUCUGCAAAUGUACCUGAUUCAGCAACAGCAGAAGGCAGGAGAAGAGGUGAAUUCUCUUGCACCUGUUGAAGCCUAG